UUACGGUAACUCCGCUCACGUAGCUUUGAGUUCCAACGGAAGAAGUCCCGCGCGGCUUUGCGAGAUAUCUCUUGCACCCAGUCAUAGGAAGGCGAUUCUGCCAAUGGAAAAUGGAGUGUAUCCCAGUCACUAUUGAUGAUCUUGAGGGCAAAAAGGACCCAAUUAUUGAAGACCCAGAGCACAAUGUGUACACCAGAUUUAUGAAAUCCCACCGUUGUUAUGACCUCGUACCUACCAGUUCCAAAUUAGUAGUAUUUGACACUUCACUUCAGGUGAAAAAGGCAUUCUUUGCUCUUGUUUCUAAUGGUGUAAGAGCAGCACCUCUGUGGGACAGUAAGAAGCAAUGCUUUGUUGGUAUGCUAACAAUUACAGACUUCAUUAACAUUCUUCAUCGCUAUUACAAGUCUCCAUUGGUUCAGAUAUACGAGUUGGAAGAACACAAAAUUGAAACAUGGAGAGAGGUGUACCUCCAAGACUCUUUCAAGCCCUUGGUUAGCAUAUCUCCCAAUGCUAGUUUGUAUGAUGCAGUAUCAUCUCUGGUGAAGAACAAGAUCCACAGAUUGCCUGUAAUUGAUCCUCUGACAGGGAACACACUGUAUAUUCUCACACACAAGAGGAUUCUCAAGUUUUUGAAGCUUUUUAUAUCAGAGAUGCCGAGACCCUCAUUCUUGAGUAAAACUCUAGAGGAACUGAAUAUCGGGACAUUCCAAAACAUAGCCAUGGUCCGAACAGACACACCCCUUUACACAGCGCUGGGUAUUUUUGUUGAACAGCGAGUGUCUGCGCUCCCUGUUGUGGAUGAUAAAGGGCGAGUGGUGGAUAUAUACUCGAAAUUCGAUGUUAUAAACCUGGCAGCGGAGAAGACCUACAACAACCUGGAUAUUACAGUGACCAAAGCCUUGCAACAUCGCUCUCAGUACUUUGAGGGAGUGUUAACCUGCAACAGGCAUGAAUCCCUGGAGGCCAUUAUCAACAGGCUUGUGGAGGCCGAGGUCCACAGACUGGUGGUAGUUGAUGAGCAGGAUGUGGUGAAAGGAAUCGUCUCCCUUUCAGAUAUCCUCCAGGCACUGGUGCUUACUGGUGAAGAAGAGGGCACAGCUUGAGGGAACAAUGGGGUACACAGUGUUAUGAAGAGAUUAGAGCAAAGGGAGGAAGAAGAGACACGUGAGAAUGGAAUUGUGAGAGUAAAUUGAAAUAUAAAUCAUCUCCUGUAACAUCCACACAUGAAGAAAUGUUCUUUUCUGCAAAAAAUGAAGUUUAUUAGUUUUAACAAUGCAGCAAUUUAUAAUUAUAAGUUAUAAUUGGCACAGGAUGUUCAGAGCUCCCUCUAAACUGAGCCAAAAGCAGAGGACUAGGAGAGAUUAAAAAAUAAAAAAGCACAAGAUGCUUCUGAAGAGGAGUUGUGGCCUCUCAGGAUAAGCCAGCACCAUGCUUUCCUCUUUGGAUGUUGUGCUAAUUUUGUUAUCUGAUUGCAGAUAUUAUCCCAAUAAAACCACAAUUAAUUCUCUUUUGAAGGAAGACUAAUUUCCCCAGAUUGUCUUAUGUAAGCAGCAUUUCAAAUUUGAUUUAUAACUGACUCUCCAAACACAGCGAGAAUGCGUAAGUCAUUUAAAAAUGUGUGACUUCAUAUCAAAAUCUGCAUGUUGCAGUAACAACACACAUUUUCCUUAGGCUUGUUUUCUGUAUACUUCCAAGUAGUAUAUUCAUCUUAAAUUGUUUUUAUUCUUUGGUUAUUUGUUUAUUUAAACACAGUUGGACAAUGUAAUUAUUCUUCUAAGUAUUUUUUUUCCAAUUUGCAAAAACAUUGAUCAGUUAUUCAAAUAUUUAUCAAGCAUUUAACUUAAUUUACUAUUCAAACAGUAUACUUGUGGUCCUUGGAGUCUUAUCAAUUAUAUUUACAGAUAGUUACUCAGAGAAUGAAAAAAAUCUACUCAUUGUCUAAAAUUAGUUUCAUAAGUCUGGAUUGUUUCUAGGUUGCAGCCUCAAAACUGGUUUUCCCAAAGACACCUGGAUAAAUUUUGUUGUAUUGAAUAUUUUGCAUUUAACCUUUUUUAAAUCUGUUGUGUAGCCUGACAGCAAAGUAGCAAACCUGGGAAACAUUUUAAUCUCCCACCACAACAGCAUUAACUAAUCUGCCCAUAUAAACAACCAUUAAUGUUUCGUUUUAAUACCCAGCUCUGGGUGUUUAUGGGUUUCGUUGUUUUCUACUUUGUGUGCUGUUAUGUAUAAAUACAGGUGUAAUGGAUUGUACAUUUUCUGUCAGAAACAUCAUUUUCUCCCUCCGUUUGUGACCCAUAUUUUGAGGUUUGACAAUAUUUUUGUUAAAGAGUUUUGCUGUUUGCUUCAGUGCUGCAAAACAUCUCCAUGUUUUUGUAAAACUGGUCCAUCACACACAAGGUCACUUUAAGGUCAGAUUAACAACUUAUCUGAUCAGUGUUGUUGGUGUCCUAUGUUUUUGUUUUAACCAUUGAGAACUGUUAGAAUAUGAGAUUAUUUAAGUUUAUUAUUUACAGUUUUUCUGUUCAUUGUUUUAAGGGGAAGAAAUCACUAAAGUCACUAAAAACCAGCAUUUCCGUUUUCUAGGAUGACUGAGAAACAUUUAAUGUUUUGGUAUGUGAGAUGGAACGUGUACAACUGUUUGUAAAUGCAUAAUUUUUGUACUAAUCUGACAUAAUUUAAGCAAAGAUUAAUUAAAAUUCUUCAAGAGUGGG